AAUCAUAAUAAUAAUAAUCAUAAUAAUCAUAAUAAUAAUUAACAACAAUGGUAGAUCUAAUUCUGUUUUUAAAUACAAAUUCAUACUUCUGCUUGUUCAUUUUCCAAUGUUUUGCAAACUGUAUCUUUGUUAACCAGUGCAUACAAGAAGACCGUAAUACUUGAGGGUGUACAAUAGUGUAAUUUUGUUAUAAAACAAAACUGUUACUUAGUUCCCAUUGACACACAACCUUUUAACAAAGUUGCUGGAAUGUUUAAAUUGAGUUAUAUGAGUUAUGUUGUGUGUUAGCAGCUUCUCAAUGACCGCAUGACGCAUGUGAAGCUGGUGAUCUAAUAUAAAAGCCGGUGUUAAAUAAUCGCCGGUCUCCAGUACGUGCCGUGUCUGCUGGCAAAUAUUGUAAAUAAACGCUGGAGGCUUUUAAUUGAAGUUUUACGGUAUAGGAGAGAGAUUUGGAUCUAGAACAUUGAGUGCAGACGUUUUCUUGUUUUUGACGUUGAGGCUGAGUCUUUUAGUAAUAAUUGAAGAUAUUUGGUGUUGCAAUUUAAAUGUAAAGAUGUGAUUAAGAUGAAAGGCUUUAAUGCAUGGGAUAGUUUUAGAAAUGUGUAUUGUCAUUCGGACAGUAAUGAGUACUGCUGUACAUUCCAGUUUGGAAAAAUAAAGGGCUCUUAUCCAAACAAGGGUUCGUUUUAGGGACAAAAAUGUAUGGUGUCAGCAUGUUUCACGGUUUUACAACUUUUCUCUAAAAUUAGGCUUGGUAAUAAGUGACAUGUGUAGUGGAUAAGAACCUCUACUUUCCACCUCUCCAUUUUUUUCUCUUUAAGAUGGCAUUAAUAUGUAGAGUUUAUGCUCCUCUUAUGCCCUCAGAAGAAAGCUUUAUAAAAUCAAUAAGCUCUGUGAAACUAAUACAGUGAUUAGCAGUGGGCCAACACACAUUGAGAGUAUCAGAAUUUAUACCAUGGUGUUUUACAUUUAUAAGAGUUCUGUUGUGUGAUUAGUUGGACUAAUGAUGGCUAAAUUGCCAGAAAUACUUGUCCCAGUUUGAUGAACUUUUAUCUUGACAUGCUGCAUGUUGCAAAUAGUAGUACUGUACCACUUUAAAUGUAGGUCGGACUCUUAUGUGGUACUUUUGACAAUUAACGUAAAUUAACACUUGCCAUAAUGUAAUUUAAAAAAAAAAAAAAAACUUUCUUCAUUAGUUUACUGCAUGUCGAUAUGUUUUUUCAUGGUGCCUGCUUGCACCAUGAAUGAUUGCUCUUGUUUGUUUAGUUUUUCAGUCCAGCACAUUGCAGAUAUUGUGAUGGAACAUCUUGUUUCUGAUUGUUCUACAGACAACAGGAAGGUUACAUUCCCAUUAUUCAUUCAUAUCAAUAAACUCAAGGUAAACGGCCAAGGAAAAACAAACUCUGACUUCUGUUAGAUGGUCGGUAAAUGUGUGUUACAUUUCAGGUCCGACUGUACAGGCUCAGUGUUACUGUGGUGUGCUAUCGAGUGGAUUUGCUAUGGUAAAUAACUGCCAUGUUCAUAUGUAAGCCUUGAUCUGUGGUUUGAUUUGUUAAGGUUCAUUUGCAAGAAGAGCUGCUCGCUAAUGUAAGUGUUUCCAAAUUUGGGGAACUAGUUGAUUGGAACAUACUGGUAGAACCCUUGCUGUGGCAUUUGAUUGAAUUUAUCCUUGAGAUGCUGUUUGUUUGUGCACUGAAAAUCGAGAGCUCCAUUUGAAUAUCGGGCAGGGCAGUUGUCACAUUACAAUUUAAAAAGUUAUGGUUUGACACGUGUUGCUGCCCCAGAUUUUGCUUGACUUUGAAAGCUCUCACCUCUUCAUCCAUUAGUGUUACAAUCUGCUUUGGCCUUUGGAGUUUGUUGUUUAAAGCAUUUGUUUAGUUUGUUUUUUCCUUUUUGGAAACUGAUAUUACAUUUUACACAAAGUAAAAUAAACAAGCCUUCGCUUCACUAUCCUAAUCAAAAUGAUGUGUUCUGUGCUGUUACAUGUGUACAUGAGGAAACUGUGCGCCAUUUGAUUGGCUGCUAUUUUACUACCUCGGAGCUGUGAUUGGCUUAAUGGGAAUGUCACUCAUACAUUGAGUUGAAUACAUGUGGUAUAUUAAAGAGGUGGGUUGUUUUAACUCUUUGCGGUCCAUUUAUUCAGCGCGUCUCAGGCGCGUCGGGUCCAAUUUAUUUUCACACGCGCAGUUUAUUUUAGACGCGCUGUUUAAAAGUAUUUUUCUUUACAGUAAAACAGGUUUAAAAGGCACUGCAUAUCAACAGGACACUCAGUACUGCAUCUCCAGCCCUGCCCCACCCCUUGUUCGCUGUAUUUUUCACAUUCCUCUUCAUAGUCGUGCAUACCGAUAAAUCAUCUCCUGAUCACUUGCUUUAUCACCAAACUCCUCAAUAAUGCGAUCCAACAGUGCCUGUUGAUGCAGAAGCAGCUGUCUUGUUUGUUUAUAUCCAUGUUAUCUCUCUGGUGCUGGGGCUAUGUGUAUUGCUCAGAUCUGCCCCUUUUUUUUUUCGGCUCCUAUCGGUCUCACUCUGCCAUUGAAUGGUUUUCUCGACUUUUUCCCGAGAAAAAAUGACUAGAGACCUGUGUUUUACGUCUUUUUGAUGAUGUCGGACAGGUUCCGACAUCGGACCGGAAAGGGAAAAUUGUAAUGUAGGACCUGGUCCGACAUAGGACUGCAAGGGGUUAAAGAAUUCUAAAACGCUGUUAGACUGAGCUCAAUAUGACCGCACUUCAAGGAAUUUUCAAUCACAUGCGUUCACUGGCAGUGUCACUGUGAUUUUUCCAUCUGUGAAGACCAUGUUAACUCAAAAACGUUUAAAAAGAAAGAAGGAAGAAGAGCUGUUAAGCGACAGCGAAGUGUUCGGAUUUACCUAAUGUUCAGGUAAGCAAUGGGUGCACAACAAUUCAUCCCCGACAAUAAUAAUAAUAAUAAUAAUAAUAAUAAUAAUAAUAAUAAUGUGAACUUACAGUUGUCAAGUACUGCAGAAAGGACGAGAUUGUACAGAGUUAAAUUAAAUUGUGAGAGAACGGUGCAAUACACAUUCGUCCUGCCGUGGAGACUUCAGUCGUCGGUCAGGGUAUUGUACACAGUACUCAUUAAGUGUUUUCCUCUUGCGCCCCAUUUUCAAAUCAAACUAGUAACUGUCACCAUAUAUGUCUAUAGCAAAAGUUUACCUACGCCUUAACCCGCUAAUUUCAAAGUAGGCGCUUAGAAUGACAGGCGCUGUAGCUGGCAAAUGAAAGUGCACAGUUAGUGCAGCUUGGUGAUUGACAGUCAUUUAAACGAAUUAGAGCAUUCUAGCACUGCUUGUCAAUGAGAUCUGUCAGAAAAGGUUGACCCGGGACAGCAAAAUCAGUCGGAAGUCGCAUAUGUAGAUUUUACACAGCGGCCAGAUUACUAAGUGAAGUCAUGAAUUAUCGAUUUUGAGUUUUACACGUUUUUGUGCACUUAACAGUCCAAACUAUCAUUUUAUCAAGUUUAUUUUGUGAAAUAAUGUCUCUAUUGUACUGUAAAUAGACAGUUUGGUAACAACAGCGACCUAUAGAUUGUCAAAAUUAGCUGAAACAAAGACUAAAAUCCGUACAAUUCACGGAAUCACAGCAACAGCGUCCUUCCACGCAUACACAUCAUCCGGGUAUCUUUUGAAAUCUGUAGUUUCCCUCUUUCCCACUAUGUAGGUCAUUAAUAGACUGACAUCUUAUUUAGCCAAUGAAAACGGUUUUAAGAAGUGGUUGCAGUGUAAACAGUUAUGCUUGUUGCUAUGCGUGACGUCAUUUGGCUUCUUGUAGUAUUCACCGAUUGGCUGAAUGCCUCCACGCGCUUUGACUUCUGGGACAGCGGCAUUGCUGUGGUUGUGAACGCAGAGAACUUGUGAUAUUAAACCCCGGCAAAAAAAUUAAUAAAAAAAAAAUAGAAAAAAUCACAGGCGAAUUAUGUCUUUAUCAAAAGAACAGGAUGUUGCAAAUUCUCUUAACAUUUUACGAUCCAGCCACAUGGAAUCUGCUGCGACUGACAGACAGUGGAUGCAACUGGUUUCGGAAUAUUUUUGUGAUGGUGCGUGCUCGUCUGAGUCUGACAGUGAGAGUGGUGAUGUAGAUGACCCUGAUAAUGUUGACAGCAUAAGCGAAAGUGAUCGUUUCAGUGCUGAUAGUGAUGACGACAAGGCUGUCAUUGAUGAAGUAGCUGUGGUGAUGGAGAAUCAUGUCGCUGACAUUGUUAUUGAUAACAAUACUAGAACCGAGUUGCAAAAAAUACAUAAUUACAGCUGUGUAAAUAAGUCGUCUAAAUACAGCUGCAAACUGAAUGACGGGAAACCCUGUGUUAAGGUAUUUUCUGACGAAUAUAUACUUGACCUGAGGACAUCAAUGGGUUCUUUGCCAGACUACGAGAAGGAUCUGAUUCUCUUAGGAAAAAUCAGCGCCACUAUCAGCAAUGACAAGCUAACUACACACUCAAAAAGAAAAGAACAGAUGCCUAGAAAACACCAAAGAACAACCUACUACAUACAGGGCCAUCGUGUUUGCAGAGAAGCGUUUAAGUUUCUACACUGCAUCAGCCAGGAUAAGCUGACAGCACUGCUGAAGCAUUACAAACAAUUUGGUUUGGUACCUCGGUACAAGAAGUCAGGAGGCAGGCAAGCAACAGAUGUCAGGCUGCUGACGCAUGCUGAUAUAACCGAAGUGGUUGCAUUCAUUGUUAAUUUUGCUGAAGACCAUGCUAUGGUCCUACCUGGACGAGUACCUAGGUUCAAUCAGUUUGACAUAAAACUGCUGCCGUCAAACCAUACAAAGGCAAGCAUCUGGAGAAAGUACAAUACUGCUAUGGAGGCGGCAGGUAAGCGAGCUGUAAAGAUUGACUCAUUCCGUAGGCUAUGGCGGACUCUGGUGCCCUACAUUCGCAAUACUCGACCCAUGACAGAUCUCUGUUGGACCUGCCAAAAGAAUAAUUCUGCCAUUUACAGGAGUGUCAACAUUUCUGAUGAAAAAAAAUCAGAACGCUUACAAAAUCAGCAGGCCCACUUAAAUAAAGUAACGCUGGAGCGGUCACUGUACCAGGAAAUGGUCAGGGCAGCUAAAGUCGUGAUUAAAAACCAGUGGUGACAGACUUGGCAUGAAUGUCCCAGUAUCAAAGAAGAUGGCUAUGCAUUACAGCUUUGAUUAUGCACAGCAGUUACACUUUCCCGCUGAUCCCAUGCAACCUGGCCCUAUGUACUUUUUGACUCCCAGAAAGUGUGGCCUGUUUGGUAUUGCCUGUGAAGGAAUACCACAACAGGUCAAUUAUCUAAUUGAUGAAGGCAUGUCCAUUUCCAAGGGUUCAAACUCAGUCAUAAGCUUCCUGGACCAUUUCUUUAUGAUGUAUGGACUUGGUGAAACUGAGGUUCAGUUACAUUGAGACAACUGUUCUGGACAAAACAAGAACAAUUAUCUGAUUUGGUAUCUGGCAUGGAGAGUUCUGAAUGGGCUGCACAGAUCAGUUUCCCUCAACUUUUUGAUAGCUGGACACACCAAAUUUGCACCCGAUAGGUUUGUUUCACUAAGCCAAAACACCAGUCGGAGGCAUAUGGUCUCAUGUUUGGAUGAUAUUGCCACUGUUGUGCAAUCCAGUACUGUGACCAGAGUUAAUAUCGCCCAGAAAGUGGGAACCGAGGAUGGUGAAGUUCUGGUCCCACAGUAAGACUGGUGGUCAUUUCUUAAACCAUUCUUCAGGAUGAUGUUGGGCAUAAAAAAAUAUCAUCAUUUCAGGUAAUGGAUUAAAAAAUAAAUGUUAUGUUUUCUUAUAAAUACCGAUUGUAGUUGACUGUACUUGCAACCACAAAUCAGUAUUUAUAAGAAAACAUAGGUUUGUUAUGUUUUUUUAGGUUUGAUACUGCACGCAGUGGAAUGGUGUUUAGAAAACAGUAUUCAGAUUCCGAGGAAGAGAUGUUUGCCCUCCUGAGAGAUGACACUUGUCUACCACCAGCAGACAGGCCACAGCCCAUCAGACCACCUGGUUUAGACUGCAAGAGGAAGCAGUACCUUUCUGAAAAGAUUCGAGAGUAUUGUACGCCUGCUACGAUGGAUAUAACCUGUCCACAACCUACAGAUGUUAAUGAUGAUUAGUCUACACAAACAUUAGUAACAUCUGGGCUAGUUCCGUAGACCCAGAUUAGUACUAAUUAUUAAUUACAUUUGGAAACAGUCCUGGUCCAGGUUGAUCAUUGUGUCUGCUGGUUUCUUGUUCCAAAUGAGCUCAGAAUUACUUAAUCAAACCCUCAAUUGAACCAAUAAUGAAUUUGCCUAAUCAGAGCUUUUUAAUGAUUUUUAACUCUUAAAUGGCUGGUUUCACAUACCGAUUAGCACUAAUCCUGGACUAGCUCAUGUUAACUGAGGUAAGGUAGUCCAAGAUAUGUACCAAGUGAAAUGUAAAUAGUAAAUGUAAAUGUAAAUAGUUCAGCACUUUUAAUUUAAAAGCAUUUACAUUUUUGUUUA